AUUAAAAUCAAGUCGGUCAAAGGAAUACUUGUAAUCGCUAUCGAAUUAAUUCAUUAAAAUUUUUCAUUGAAAGAAACGAAAAAAUGUGGUCUGAUACCUUUCUGAUUGUAUUUAUAUCAAUAUGCACGGCAUUUUUGGGUGAAGGACUUACAUGGGUGCUGGUCUACCGCACUGAGAAGUACCAGCGGCUAAAGACAGAAGUGGAUAAACAGAGCAAGAAGUUGGAGCGGAGAAAGGAGACACAUGGCGAUUCUUUGGAUAAAUCCGUAAAAAAGAAACUCGAACGUUACGAAGAGAAAUUAAAGAAUAACAAUCGCGACUUAUCGCUGGUGAAGAUGAAGUCUAUGUUUGCUACUGGAUUUGCAUUCACCGCCUUGUUGAGUAUGUUCAACAGUAUAUUCGAUGGACGUGUUGUGGCCCAAUUGCCUUUCACACCUAUCUCUUGGAUACAGGGCUUGAGCCAUCGCAAUUUGUCGGGUGAUGAUUACACCGACUGUUCGUUCAUCUUCCUCUAUAUACUUUGCACCAUGUCCAUUCGGCAAAACAUUCAAAAACUCUUGGGCUUUGCACCGUCGCGGGCUGCUAGUAAACAAGGUGGCGGCCUCUUUGGCCCGGCACCAGGUCAAUUUAAAUAGGUAUUCUUUUAUUGAUUUUUUUCCUAGCUAAAUUUCGGAUUGGAUUUUUGUUAAAAAGGCCACAUACAAUAAAUUACAUUUUAAUUUAAAGCAUUAAA